CGCGGCCGAGCAUCGUGGAGUAUCGCGUCAUCACGAGGUGAUCAGUCGUGAUCGUUCGCGGAAGCACGGAGCUUCCGAAGGCUCUUAUAGAGCCAGUUCGAGAAAAUACCGAAAUUCGCAUUUUGCUAGCGAUACCGUUUAUCAGUCUCACCUUCGCGCUAUUCGCGCUUUUACGAAUCACUGGAGCGUGCGGAAUCGAACGAUUGUGUCCCGGACUUGAGCUGUCCAACAGCGAUUUAACGAUCGAUGUAGCGACUCGAACGAUUCAUUCAGUUCUUCGUUCGUCUGACAUCCGAAGGAGAAUCGAGCAUAUUGUCGAUUGCCGAUUGCAACCACUUCCCUCCGGAUUUGCUUGGACUGUGUCGGCUCAGAGAAGUCACAGCUGUAUCAAGCAGUCAGUGAUUACGCCGACAGAAAGAAGACUGCCCGUAAUAUUACGAUAGUUGUGAGAUACAGUCUCAAUCGAUUUCCACGAUCGUACGAUUAUAUCCCAGGUAUAAGUGAUACCACUAGUGUUUCACCGUGGACACCAACGCGGUAUGCAGUUUCGCAUUUAUAUCCUAGCCUGUCUCCUAUUAAAGGGGCUGGCUCGAGCCGAAGAAGUCGAGGUUGUGGAGGCGAUUCCGGGAGAAGAUAAUCGAAACGAGAAUUCGGCACUGAAUCACCAGGAAAAUGAAUUAAUUAAUUCCGAUCAAUUAGCAUUGGAUUCCAUAGCGGAUAAGGAUGCGGGAGGAAACCAUUAUAAAUCGGGUGGCCAUCGAGGUCAUCCUCUGCUGCCGCCGGCUCGAGGAGCAUUAAGCUUGCCGCGUCCGCAUCACAACGUCGCCUAUCAUGGUCCACCACCGCCAUUGCCGCCUUCUAAAGCACAAUCGGAAGCUAUGGAUAAGAUCUAUACCACUGGCGGUGGCGCGGCCAGCACCGCGAUAGGCGUCGAACCUUGGCCAGCACCGACGCCUGACAUGCCAAAGAUCGUGUCGCUAGACGUGAAAUGCGAAAAGAAUCUAAUGAAGGUUUACCUGGGUUUCGACAAGCCAUUCUACGGCAUAGUCUUCAGUAAAGGCCACUACAGCAACAUUAAUUGCGUACACCUGCCUGCGGGACUUGGUCGCACGUCCGUCAAUUUCGAUAUCAGCAUACACGCGUGCGGGACGGCCGGCAAUACGGAGAAUGGAUUGUACGGCUACGGCGCCGAUUCUGGAUCCGGGACGUUCUUUGAAAACAUCAUAGUGGUGCAAUAUGAUCCUCAAGUGCAAGAAGUCUGGGAUCAAGCGCGCAAGCUGCGCUGCACUUGGCACGAUCUGUAUGAGAAAUCGGUCACUUUUCGUCCGUUUCCCGUGGACAUGCUGGACGUGGUCCGCGCGGAUUUCGCCGGUGAUAACGUCGGAUGCUGGAUGCAGAUACAGGUUGGUAAGGGACCAUGGGCGUCUGAGGUUUCGGGUCUGGUCAAGAUCGGUCAGACUAUGACGAUGGUGCUCGCGAUCAAGGAUGACGACUCCAAGUUCGACAUGCUCGUGAGAAAUUGUAUGGCCCACGACGGCAAACGCGCGCCAAUACAACUGGUGGACCAACGGGGCUGCAUUACACGGCCGAAAUUGAUGUCUAGAUUCACAAAAAUUAAGAAUUUCGGCGCAUCGGCGUCGGUGUUGUCGUACGCUCAUUUCCAGGCGUUCAAAUUUCCAGACUCCAUGGAGGUUCACUUCCAGUGUACCAUACAGAUAUGCCGAUACCAAUGUCCGGAGCAGUGUUCGGAAUCGUCGUCACUUUUAGAGAGUCAAGGUCUUCUGGAGAAUCACCAUCUUCAUUCCCCGACGAAUGGGCAUCCUGACGUCGGCUAUGGUCUUCCGCCUCCGAUCCCGCUGCCAUUGGAGGCCUAUUUACAAGCUGCGGCUGGACGACCCCGAGACGAAAGGAGAAGGAAAUCCCGAGAGAUCGUGCACAACCCGCAAAAGGCUGUAGGUGUGAAUCGAAUUAUCCGAGUUGUCUCAACCGGUGACCUGACCUUUUCUAUCGACGAGAGCAACAACGGCGAGUUGAAUGGACCAACGAUGAUAUUUCCGCAACGUAAUGAAAACACGGGCAGCUCGACCAUGAUCUGCAUGACCACUCCUGGAUUUGCGAUUACUCUUAUCGUACUACUUGCCGUUCUACUUUUCUCAUGUGCGUUGUCCGCUUAUCUCUUUAUGCGUCUCAGGCCCUUCUCGGCAAGGACCAAGAAAUCCACGGUGUUUUCUAAUAUUGAACAGAAUGGCGCGGCGAAAAAAUCUUCGCGAAUGUGCUUCUAUUCAUAGAAAUAUCUGUCAUGAAUCAUCCCGAGUUUCGGUGAUUCCGAUAUCUCGAUGCUGGAAGAGAGACCGUCCAAUUUCAUGGUCUCCUCUUCUUCGAAACCGGUUUACGUGGUUUUCUGCGAUAUGCCCACGUUGAAACGUCGUUGGAGGUCAGUACUUCCGUAGAACGAAUGCGAUCGCGUGCAGAGAAAAAGAAAUUAAUUUUGGCGAAUAUACUUUGCCAAGACAAAAAAAUUAACGGCAAACGAGUGGAAAUCGCGCCUGUACUAUUUCAAAUACCUUUGGCCAUUAAAUGACAGUAUUUUUUUGUAUGUAUAUUUAUAUAUGUAUAUCCAGAAUUUUGAGCGGGUCGUGUACGUAUAUAGCGGAAUAUUUUUUACAAGGAGACCAGAAGGGGAAUUUUAUGUAAACUGGUCUUCGAAAUUGCGAAUCUUCAGGUUUCGUAGAGGCUAUCGAGUGUCGUAAGCACGACUCUGUGUAAAACUACGUUUUCCCAACGUGGUAACGCCAGUAGCAUUAUUUUACAAUAAAAUGCAGUACUCGUGUCAUUUCGUUCACUGCAUAUUAUUACGGUGAGUUCAGAGUUGUGCUUCGUCAUAAUGAAACUUAAGCUCAGGCCUUUAUAGGCAACAACAUAGGCAAUACCGCCGAAAAUUUAGUCAAAGAUAAUCAAACCUGUUUCUGCGUUUAUUAUUUAUCAAUCUACGUACUUGUAUUUAGUCUCUUCCUCUAUUUUUCCUUCUUUUGGUAUUUGGGAUUCUCAACAAUAACGAUGCUCAACAUGCGACUAGAAUGCGACUAGAUGAUAAUAAAGCGGAAAUUUUGCGGAAUUAGUCUACAAUAUAGCAUUUAAGCAAUGUUAAUAAUGUUAUUGUUAAUAAUAUUAUUAUUAUUUAUAUUUAUUAUCUACCUACCUAAAUUUUCUAAAGAUAGGUAGAAUCCUAAUAUAGAAUUCUAUAUAUGAGGUAAACAAAUAAAAUAAAAUUACAAAAUGUAAAA